CUAUUUAGUAUUUAGUGUUAACAACAAAACAAAUAUUGCAGAAAGAUAUGGUGGUUCCCCACGUUUCUAAAAGCAAUAAAAUACCGUCUAGUAACAUCUGAUGACUAAAAAUAAGUGCUUUAUCUUAGCUGGGUCAAAAGGAACACCAUUUUAGAUAGUGUGAAUCCCAAUUGUGUAUGGGAGUAUAAAAUAAUUUGUUUUGAUGAAUAUUGAAUAGUUCGUUGUUGAGAAUCUGGAGGCUGAGAGUUAACAAUGGUGAUUAAAGUUGGUGUUUUGGUGUUUGUAGUUUUAAUUGGAGUGGAUCAGAUAGCUGCUUCUUGUCCAACGAUAAUCAGCCGAUCACAAUGGGGAGCUAGCGCAGCAAAAAGUAAGACAAACCUCUCCAGAAAUCCACCUCCUUAUGUAGUUAUCCACCACUCGGAAACUCCACCUUGUCCAGUAACUGAAAAAUGCAAACAACGUGUAAAGAACAUUCAGUAUGACCACAUUAACAAUCGAGGAUGGUCGGAUAUUGGAUACAACUUCUUGAUUGGUGGAGAUGGAAAUGUGUAUGAAGGGAGAGGAUGGGGUCUUCAAGGGUCACACUGUCCCAACUACAACAGCAGAAGCAUAGGAAUAUGUUUAAUCGGAGAUUUCCAAAACCAUCUUCCAUCAGCGGGUCAACUGGAAGCCUUGAAAAAUCUCAUCGAUUGUGGAGUACAGAAUAACAAAAUUUCCUCUAGCUACAAACUAAUAGGUCAUCGACAAGGCAGACAAACUAAAUGUCCAGGUGAUGCUCUCUAUGAAGAGGUUACGAAGAUGCCACAUUGGGAGGCACAUCCAAAUUGAGUGUUGCGGCGUAUAAGAGAAGAAAUAAGACUUGGUAGUCGGCGACUAUAUAAUUUUUCAGAAUAGCUUUAGGGAUAUUUACAAAAAUAAACUUUUUACAUUAAGUACAAA